GGCCACCAUGAAGAAGGAGGUAUGCUCUGUGGCCUUCCUCAAGGCUGUGUUCGCCGAGUUCCUGGCCACCCUCAUCUUCGUCUUCUUAGGCCUCGGCUCAGCCCUCAAGUGGCCGUCGGCGCUGCCCAGCAUCCUGCAGAUCUCGCUGGCGUUUGGUCUGGCCAUAGGCACGUUGGCCCAGUCUUUGGGUCCCGUGAGUGGAGGCCACAUCAACCCCGCCAUCACCCUCGCUCUCUUGAUGGGCAACCAGAUUUCGCUGCUCCGUGCUGUCUUCUACGUGGCGGCCCAGCUGGUGGGCGCUAUUGCCGGGGCGGGCAUCCUCUACUGGCUGGCACCGCUUAAUGCCCGGGGCAACCUGGCCGUCAACGCCCUUAACAACAACACGACACCGGGCCAGGCUGUGGUGGUGGAGAUGAUCCUGACCUUCCAGCUGGCACUCUGCGUCUUCGCCUCAACCGACUCCCGCCGCACCAGCCCUGUGGGGUCCCCAGCCCUGUCCAUUGGCUUGUCUGUCACACUGGGCCACCUCGUGGGGAUCUACUUCACUGGCUGCUCCAUGAACCCAGCCCGCUCCUUUGGACCCGCAGUAGUCAUGAAGCGGUUCAGCCCUUCACACUGGGUGUUCUGGGUGGGGCCCAUCGUGGGGGCCAUCCUGGCUGCUAUCCUCUACUUCUACCUGCUGUUCCCCUACCCUCUGAGCCUGAGUGAGCGUCUGGCCAUGGUCAAGGGCACGUACCAGCCGGAGGAGGACUGGGAGGAGCAGCGGGAGGAGCGGAAGAAGACCAUGGAGCUGACCGCCCACUGACCAGCGUCAGGCAGGGGCCAGCCCCUCAGCCCCUGAACCACAGGGGGAAAAAAGAGAAAUAAGUGACAGCAAAGCUUUCUUCCCCCACAGCCGGGUCCUCUUGGGUGGGGAAGAGGUGCUGUCUCUCCAAGCUGAACAGUUAGAGCUGGGAGCCUAUGACAGGGCUCUUGGGGUGGGGGUGAGGGGCUGGAGUCUGGUGGGGAGGGAGUCUCUCUG